AUGGCUUCCCUAUGGCAGAAAGCGCAACAACAGCUGAGCGAUGCCGAUCAGCAGCUCUUCGACUUCAACAGACCAGAGUCUGAGAGACGGCUUAUCUUGGAAGAUAUCCUCAGGUCUGUUCAAGUACAGAAUGAGCGGUGUCUCAACAAGAGAUGGAAAAUCAAAGGCAUUGGCGGGAGAGAGAUCAUUCUCCGUGAUCUAUGCGGGAAGCUGCUAUCAUGGGUUAAUCAGUUUCUGUCGGUGGUCGACGUAAUAGCGCAAUAUGACCCGGUCCACUCAUCGCUUCCAUGGGCUGGCAUCAGGCUCUUUCUCCAGAUUUCUCUGAAAGACAUCAAAACGUUCGAAGCAAUGAUUGAAGGACUGGAAAUUACUGCUAGAGUGGUGGCUCAGUACAGUCUCGUGGAAAUACUCUACCUGAAAGAUCAUACGGAGGCCCAGAAACAACUCCAAGGUCAAGUCACCAUUUUGUAUGCUGCCGUUCUACGGUAUCUCUGCAGAGCAAGGAAGUAUUACAGUCACAACACUGCAACGCGGACGUUUGUCAACGCCUUCCGUCCGCCGGAACUUGAUGAUGCUCUGAGCCAAAUCACAGAUCAGGAGGCGCUGGUGUGUCGUCAAGCAGAUCUUGUUAAUACUGAAAGGCAGAUGAGCUUGGCUGCACUUGUCAGCGACAUCAAGGCAGCCGGAACAAUUACUAACAACGGUCUGGAAAGCGUACAACGAAAGCUAGACAGAUUCGGGGUCUCGUUCUUGCAGACCACCGGUCAAGUAUCAGCGCUCCAUCACGAUCUUGACCAAAAGCAAAAGAUACAAAUUUUGUCGUGGCUUUCGUGUGUACCAUAUCGACAGCACUAUGAAGCCUUGUCCGCCGAUAUCAUGCCUAACUCGGGCCAAUGGCUGGCUCUCAAUUCGAAGUAUAUUGACUGGUACCAAUCGGGCUCUUCACAGAUGCUGCGUCUGAUCGGAUCUACUGGCUGCGGUAAGACCAAGCUCAUCUCCGCUACACUGCAACGCCUAAGGAGCGAAGUCGAAACAAACCCGACUGCUGCACCCAUCGCAUUUUUCUAUUGCUCUAAGAACCCUGGUGAGCUCGAACGUGCAGAUCCAUGCCAGAUACUCAGAACCCUCGCAAAACAAAUUGCGCUUUCGGAAGAUCAAACCGGCAUAUUAGCACCAGUCAUCAGCAUUCAUAAGAACAAACGCAUCCAGGCUGAACAAGACGGACUCAGUCCCCCAAGUUUGAACUUGUCAGAAUGCAAGAAGCUAAUACUAGAACUCACGGCCAUGACUCCGGCAACAAUCAUCAUUGACGCUAUAGAUGAGUGCAACUCUAUCACCCGGCAUCAAUUGCUCACAGCGUUAGAGGAAAUCUUGAUCCAUUCCCAUAAACCUGUCAAGAUAUUGGUCAGCAGUCAGAAAGCUCGCGACAUCGACGUUCGUCUUGACAAGUUUGCAUGCAUCAUGGUCAACGAAAAGCAGAAUAAGAACGACAUUGAUGCUUUUGUUGAUCUGCAGGUGGCAACAGCAAUAGAAAGCAAACAGAUGCUCGCUGGAAGAGUCUCUCUUGACCUCUCAAACCGUGUCGCUUCGAUUCUCAAAACCAAGGCUGAAGGGUCGUUUCGAUGGGUUGCCCUACAGCUCCAAUGCCUUUGCGAUCCUGACACCGUCAAAUUGGAACGCGAUGUACAUGAUGUCCUUCUUCGACCGCCCCAAACACUGCUCGCUUUCUAUGACUCGAUCCAUCAUCGAAUUCUAGCAAUGGAAAAGCAAAUGUACUGGGCUGCUCAUUACGAGAUCGCACAAUUCAAAGAAAAGGCGGAUGUGGACCUCCUAUCGACUUUCUUGUUCGAGGACGACCAUCUCGACAAAUGGCUAGAAGCUUUGAGCUCCAUACUGCCAACUCACCAAACUAAUCUGGCCGGCGAGCUGUCACAAAAGCUUCACGCUGUUUGGAGUGUUCCAGAGUCUCCCUUGUUUGCUAUAUCAUGUUUCGGCUUGCAUCCUGUUUUAGACUUCAACCAGAACAGCGAUCAGAUCCUAGACUGGCAUCAGCCUAAUAGCGAUGGUGCAUCUGCUCUGAGUCUAGCUUCUCACUUCGGUCAUCUCGAGACCGUGAGGUAUCUGCUGCAGCAAGAUCUCAUUGCCGGAUCUGCUCGCCACAUAUCGCCAAGCAUGGACAAGCAGCAGAUCGGCUUCAGAAAUCGAUCGGCUUCUGGAUCUCGGCCACAAUCUUUCGCAAAUGCAAUCCAGGCAGCUGUAGCAAGAUCGCACGAAUCCAUCGCAGAACUCAUCAUCGAAUACGGCUUUUGUUUUCCAGAUCAAGAGUCGUUCGAUCGCUGUUUCCGUCGAGCUAUCUUCAGUGGUCAACUCGCUGUUGUCGAACUCCUGAUUGGAAGAUUCGCUGGCAUGUUCACACCUCAACGAGUCCAGGACCAGCUUCAGGUUGCUCUGUUCAGCGGCAAGGAGAGACAAGCCAAGGGUCUCUUCGUGAGGUAUGGUGAUGUAAACCAGCAGACUGGUUUCUUCGGAAACGCUUUACAGGCUGCAGUCUGCGGCGGAAAGCUCAGUCUCGUUAAAGCGCUAGCAGACCGUGGAGCGAGACUCGAAGUGAGAGGUCUAUACGGCUACCCUCUUCGCGCUGCUGUCGUUUUGGGACAUGAGAAUAUGGUACGCUGGCUCCUAGAAGAGGCCAAGGCCGACCCGAACCUUGAGGAUAUUGAGCUUGGAGACUGUCUUCAGGCAGCAGCCUUCAAGGGUCAUCUUGGCAUCAUACAUCUCCUUUUACAGCACGAAGCCAAUCUUGAAGGCUUGGGAGGACCGUUCUGGACACCGCUUUCAGCUGCCUAUUCUGCUGGACAAUUACAAGCUGUUCGGGUACUCUUGAACCAUGCCGCUCGAUUCGGUGGUGAGUCAAGACUUCGACCUCGAAGUGCUCUGCUUCCUCUUCCACAAGGCCGUAAGAGGGAGAUCAUUCGUAUCCCCUUGCAAAGGGCGACCUUGCUCACAGCUAGACUCAUGCCGGAGGCCGGACUAGUGAACGGAUGCUUCAAGACAUAUUUCAUCUAUCCCGAAGGACGCUAUGGCAAUGAUGGAAUCAAGAUUUCUUCAACACGAACAAUCCAGGUAGUCUGGAUAUCGAAAAGCGGCACCCGAAAACCCAUACAAGCCUCACUACACAAGGUCAUGUCGGAUUUGCUCUCUACAGUCCCAGACGGUGCUAACAUAGAAGAGCAUAUACGCUUGGCGAUCGCCUCGAAAGACAUGCUUACAGUUCUGUCCAAGCUCCGGGAAGUCGACGAUCGCCUACUUUUGCUCGAUAGCCAAGUCGUUGGUCAAAUAGACACUGGAGUAAGUGGCGCUCAAGUGAACCAUCGUAUCGCGCAGGGAACGGUUUUGAGGCUACGGGGUCCAAGAACGCACGAUGGUUCCUCCGCUCCAGGGGCAUUCUUAUAA